AAAACUUCGUUGGUGCAUGAGUGCAAACUAGAUAUACUUUAUAAUUUCAUUACAGUAUGUAAUAAGAAUUACACGAUGUGCAAGAGAGGAACGUGUUUAUGAAGGGAGGAAGUUAUGUUUGCAUUGAAAUAUAGAGGUCUAGAAAGAUACAUAUAUAUAGCUCAGGAUUACAAACAGUACAGAACAGCUUGGAUAUAAUAAACACUAGUCAACGAAGUCAUUACACGUAAUUGACGAAAACAGUUUUGCAUUCAAUUGGUGAAACGAUAAUUGUUACAGAAAUGUUCGUUUCGUAAGUUUUCAAAAAGGACCAAAUAUGUCUUGUCUUUAUAUAUAUACCGGAUACACACUUAUACAGGAAAUGAUUAAAAGUGAUAAGUGUUGAAAAGUGGAGCUCAAGAUCCCAUUCCUUGUGUACGGUCCAACCAUGAUAUGGUUGGCCUAUUCUAUCAUAGGAUCAUUGCCGUUUUAUUUGGCAGUGUUCGGAACAGUGGUGAUAAGUAUCCUUAUAUAUAUCAAAUCAAUAUUACAGAAAUCAUCUACCAUUCCUAAACUGUACUUUAAAGAAUCAGCACUCGCGUCACAUUUAUUAAAGCGAUGCCGUCUGAUGAACCGGAAGUUUGAUCCUCCGUGGUGGAUAUCAAAUGCGCAUGUGCAAACAAUAUUGCCAUUUUUACUUCCAUCUGAAGAACUUGAAUACGACAGGGAGUAUUUACAAAUGAAGGACAGAGGAGUUGUUGCCCUUGACUGGGUUGUUCAAGUUUCUAUACAUAAAAGAAAACGAUGUACAAUAUUGUUAGUUAUACCCGGUUUUACCGCAAAUGCAUUAUCUGUUUCAAAAUUGUGUGGACUAGCUGCUCAUAAAGGAUAUAGACCGGUUGUUUUUAAUCCUAGAGGAUUUGGAAAUUCUAAUCUCACCACAGCAAAACUUCUGAGUUACGGUGAUCCUACAGAUUUACGACAAGUCAUUAAAUAUAUCCACGGGUGUUAUCCAAAAGCUCUGAUUACAAUGAUAGGAUAUGGUAACGGCUGCUCGUUACUAUUGUCAUAUCUUGGGGAGUAUGGCUCCUCGGCUAACAUAUGUGCUGGUGCUUGUAUUUCAGCGUGUUUUGAUUACACUGAACGUUUCUCAAAAGAUAAACGAGGAAUGUACGAUUUAUUAUAUUUAUCAAAAUUAAAGUGUACUAUAGGCGCUCAUUCGAAAGCACUUUCAAAUAAAAUUGAUCUCAACGAGUUACUCAGGGCAUGGUCAUAUCGACGUUUUGACGAGGUAGUUUAUUCCAAAAUGUACGGCUUCUCAAAUGUGGAGGAAUUCUGGGAGAGAAAUAACCCACUGAGAGAUGUCGAUGAGAUUGCUGUACCUCUUCUUUUUAUAAAUAGCUUAGAUGAUCCGUUUUAUUCAAAUAUAAAAAUUCCAUAUGAAUUAUGUAAGUAUUAUCCACAAUUUCUGAUGGUUGCAACAGAAAAAGGAGGACAUUGUAGUUUUACUGAAAAGAUUUGUGACGUAACAUGGGCUGAAAAGCUUGCCAUUGAUUAUAUUGACUCUGUUUUGGAAUUCACCAACAAAGGACAUACUAUUAAAUAUGGGAAAAGCCCAUCAAGAUCAACAAUAUAGAUAAUAAAAUUACAUUAAGCGAUAUAAAAGAACAGAUGUUAAUAACUGUAUAUUUUUAGGAGGCCAUCUCUGUAUAUUCGUAUUAUUUUUAAAACGAUUUGUUACUUUAUUUAAUUUGAUAAUUUCUGUCUCUAAUAA